GCUAACUUUCCCCUUAAUUACCUGCUUUCACAGGGCCAUGCCCAGGAAAGGUUUGUGAUUUGAGUUUUUGCUUUGUCUGUAGAUUAGGAAAGAGCUUUGUGCUGAGAGGUUGUGUUUUACCUGGAACAGGAAUAGAAUCUGAUUUUUGACACUAAAGGCCCUAAAAAAUGGAAAAUUUGAAAUUUAACGGAACAGAACGCAUGACUGUCGACUACAUUGAGGGAAUUCUUCAACCCACACCUACCUGUGACACCUGGGAUCAAAUUUGGAACUUCCAAGCCAAGCCUGAUGAUCUACUUAUUUCUACUUACCCUAAAGCAGGAACAACAUGGACUCAAGAGAUAGUGGACUUAAUACAAAACGGAGGUGAUGUUGACCAGAGCCAACGAGCUCCUACUCACAAACGAUUUCCUUUCAUCGAGUGGAUAGUCCCAUCCUUAGGCUCUGGUUUGGAACAGGCUAAUAAAAUGCCCUCACCACGGACCCUGAAAACACAUCUUCCUAUUCACUUGCUGCCACCAUCCAUUCUGGAGAAAAAUUGUAAGAUAAUCUAUGUAGCUAGAAAUCCCAAGGACAAUAUGGUGUCUUAUUACCAUUUCCAAAGGAUGAAUAGAGCACUUCCUGAUCCAGGAACCUGGGAAGAGUAUUUUGAGAGCUUUCUGACUGGAAAAGUGUGCUGGGGUUCUUGGCAUGACCAUGUGAAAGGAUGGUGGAAAGCCAAAGAUGCACACCGCAUUCUCUACCUCUUCUAUGAAGAUAUGAAGAAGAACCCAAAGCAUGAAAUUCAGAAGCUGGCAAAAUUUAUUGGAAAGGACUUGGAUGAUAAAACUAUAGAUAAAAUUGUCCAUCACACUGCAUUUGACGUUAUGAAGCUGAAUCCAAUGGCAAACUACUCAUCAAUUCCUACUGAGAUCAUGAAUCACCGUAUUUCUCCCUUCAUGAGAAAAGGGGCAGUUGGAGACUGGAAGAAUCAUUUCACUGUGGCUCAGAAUGAGGUAUUUGAUGAGGACUACAAGAAGAAAAUGGCUGACACAAGGCUAACUUUCCAGUUCCAACUCAAGUAAGAAGAAGAAUGAAAUUUUUUUCGUUCAUUAUUCAAUAUAUAGGGUAAUAAAGAAUCAGAAUCAGAACGCAUAUUGUAUUCAGGUAGAGGGAGUUUCAAUAAAUUAGUAGAUAUAAUCAACAUAUCAUUGUUAUC